AUGUCAGACCACAUAGGUAAAUCCCUGCAGGUGCCCUCACCAAGUAAAUGCCAAGUAGAGGAGCAGGACCUGAGAGCUCCAGCUCUGAAGCGCAGCAGAGCGUCCCACAGAGGCCUGGUACAGACUGACAGUCCAAACAUCCUCUGCAGCAGCUUACCACAGCACUGGAGGUGCAACAAGACCCUGCCGAGAGCAUUCACUGUGCUUGCCCUGGACAACGACGUGCCUGAUGGCGUGGUUGUUACGGUGAUGGCCGGUAAUGACGACAACUGCAGCGCUGAGCUACGCAACGCCACAACCACCAUGAAGCAGGGUUACGCCCAGUUUAAUGACCUCCGCUUCAUUGGGCGCAGUGGCAGAGGUAAGAGUUUCACCCUGUCGAUAAAUGUGCUGAGCUCGCCUCCUCAGAUCGCCACCCUUCACAGAGCUAUAAAGAUCACUGUGGAUGGACCUCGGCUUCCAAGACGACAGAGACAGAAGGAGCUGAAAGCUGGAGCGUUCAGAGCUGCCAGCAGCAUCAGCAGCAGCCCUGCUUCAUCAGACAGCAGAUCCUUCUCCUCGUCUUUGUGGACCAGCGAAGCAUCAUUUCUUGGUCAGAUGACAUCCUUGACAUCCACCUUUGCUCCGACUCCCAGAAUGCACCACCUCCCGCCUUACUCCACCCAACCUCCUCCCUAUAGCUCCUCCUACCUGUCGUCUCCUCCUGUCCCGCCUCCGCUGAGCCACAGUGGUCCCUUUCAGCCCCCCAGCUUCUACUACGGGUCAAACCAAGCUCUCCAAACCGCAGGGGAGGACCGCAACGUCAUUACAGCCCUGACCAAUUACAUUGAAGGGGCGUGUCUUACCAUGAGGGUGGAGGAGCCAGUUUGGAGACCUUAUUGA